AUGAGCGAGUUCAACUACCAAGGGCUGUUCGCGGAGCGGGCCCCGAUAACGACGCGGGGGGCGAACCGGCACGCCAAGUAUGACUUCGCGGUUGCCUACCCCGACCCGGAUACGCUGCCCCUGACGGGCCUGGUGGAGGCGCUGAGCACCGCGCUGGAGAGGGAGGGACGCGACCUGGCGUACUAUCCGGUUUCAGCCGGCUAUCCUCCGCUACGGGAACUGGUGGCGGACAAGUUGCGGCGGGACCGGCAGAUGGAUGUCACCGCCGACGACAUCAUACUGACGUCGGGGUCGGGCGAAGCGAUCAAUAUGCUGAUUCAGGCGAUGACGGAUCCGGGGGACGUGCUGCUGACCGAGGAGUACGUGUACCUGGGUACGAUGCGGCAGAUGCGGCUGUGGGGCGCGAACGUGGUGGGCGUCAAGUGCGACGACGACGGGAUCAUACCGGAAGCGCUGGACGAGACGAUUCGGGCGCAGGAGGCAGCGGGCCGCCGGGUGAAAUUCCUGUAUACCAUUCCCACGUUUCAAAAUCCGCUGGGAUGGACGGCGACCCUGGAACGGCGGCAGCGCAUGCUCGAAGUCUGUCAGAGUCACGGUGUGCCGAUCCUGGAGGAUGACUGUUACGUGGACCUGCGGUUCGAGGGCGAGGACGUGACGUCCAUCAGCAGCAUGGACGACAGCGGGCAAGUGCUGUACACCGGGUCGAUGUCCAAGAUCAUCGCGCCGGGGGUGCGGAUGGGAUACCUGGUGGCACCGGAAAUGGUGCGGGAGCGGGCGCUGAGCUUCAAGUCUGGCGGCGUGAACCAGUUCGCGGCGCUGGCGAUUGAGGAAUACCUGCGGAACCACAUGUAUGACCACAUCGACGAGGAGAACCAGGCGCUGCGGGCCAAGCGCGACGCGAUGCUGGCGGCGCUGGGCGAGCACUUUGGCAACCGCGCCACGUGGUCGAAACCUGAGGGCGGGCUGUACCUGUGGCUGACGAUGCCGGAGGGGACCGACCUGGCCGGGUUCCAGGACCAGUCGUUCAGCGAGGGCGUCGGAUACUACAGCGGGUCGAUGUUCUCGCCGGAGGGGAACGGCCGGCACAUGGCGCGGUUGUGCUUCGGACAUCCGACGGCGCAGACGGUGUCGGACGGGAUUGCGGAACUGGCGGCGAUCUUCGAACGGAACGGUAUAUUUCAAGGCAAAUAA